UCGAACGGCUGAAGAAAUAACAAAGAGCUAAAAGGCAUCUUUUUGAUUUUAUCGGAACUAAAAUCGAACAACAGCUAGUUAAAGAAACAUUUUUAUUUCGAGGUAACGUUAUUGUUUUGAUACUAAAUUAUAGCAGUGAUACGCAUUGUAUAUCGUUCCUUCUGUUUUUCUCCCUUUCUUACUUUCUUUUCCCAUAUAUAUGUAUAUAGAAAUUAGAAUACUUAUACCUAUUAAUUACGCGCGUGUAUCAAUGAAAACUUUUUUAUUCGAUUCCACUUAGCUGCGUUCGCAACAUUUUGCAGCGUACUUCGGCUAAAAGUGGAAAAUAUUGAUAUUAAAAUAUAAUAUAAAAUUGUUUCAAUUAUUUACUAUUACUUUGGCCAGGUAUGUAUAUCUGACAAUGAGUCAAGUCUGCGUUUGCGCUCGUUUGCCCGUGUCGGUUCUCCGAGCAAUUUACAAUUAAAUAUAUUGUUCAAUUAAAAUGUUUGUAAUAAAGUACGUUGUGAAUUUUAUCAUAUUUCUUUAUUAUGAGUUUGGUCAUUCGAUUACUUUUAUCAAGCUACGAUCUACCAUAGUUUUAUGAGAAGAGUGGAUAGAGAAAGAAAGAAAGGAAAGGAAAGUAAGUAAGAAGAUUUGAGUAAGAAGAUAUGGUAUCGCAUAAUAAAACGAUGGGAAUGAAAGUCAAUAGCACUCGAUAGUAACGUAAAGAACGCGAAUACACGUGAGUGGGAAGUAAUGUAACGGAGGAUAACGCGCGAACUCGUAAAAUGAGAAGCGCCGAGUGGAUUACCGGUCAGUUCGAAACCGAGGCGAGAGUCAGUAGCUUCCUACGGUACACAAACGCGAACCAUUACGUGAUACAUAUCCAGUACGCGGAUUAACUUUUACACAGUUCGAUGAGAGAACUGUUGCAUACGCGGUACACGCGCUAAACUACACUAAAAUAUAAAUUACCAUAAUAAAUUGCUACAUGAUAUGCCAUAUAUAUGUAGACACGAUACACAAUUGUAUAUUUAGAAAUAAAAUAUAUGUCUGUGUAACAUGUUCGCUUUAGAAAUACGGAACGAAUAGCAGUCGUUUUGGACAUGUAAAGAAAAUAGUAAAAUUCGUCGACUGUAGACAGAUAACGUGUGACCGUACGUGUUACAAUUACAAUCUGAUGGAAGAGACAGAUGCAGAUAUUUAAAAAAGAAGAAACAUCGACUUGUUGUUAGAGAAAUAAAGAAACUGGUCCUAUCGGAUUUCUAUCAGCAGCGAAGAAUCUGUGGUAUUAAGUGCAAUUAUGUCGUAGCCCUGAUAAUCAGCGUCCAUCAAAAUUAGCCCAGUUAUAGUACAACGACCGUCCGAGGUGCCUAACGCACCUUGAUGAAACAAACAACGUGUCUCUACUGCAAAUUGAAGAGUACGCAAGAGAAGAGAAGAGAUGGAAAGAAAAAGAAGCAUACUGGCACUGGUUGGACUAAUUCUAUUUCUCAAGUCUUCGAAUACCGAAAGCGGUAGCAGCAGUGGCAACGGCAACAGCUAUAACGGACACUUAUUUUCUCACCACCAUCGACAGAAGAGACUGCUUUGGAUAACUAACGAUGGUCGAAUAGCUUUACCACCAGGCACCAUUAUGACGAUAACUCCAACAUUGGCGUUACCCUUUGUCAGAUACCCUCCCUAUGGUUUUCUUAGCAACAUGACUGUUAGUCUUCCCUUUACCAUCGAUUUCGACAAACUCGGUUUAACCGAUAACGAAAACCCUUACGGCGCCUUACCAUCGGCGUUUGAUACUACCGCAAGGGAUCAAGGAUCGAAUGCCGCAGAAUUUAUCGCGACAUUCGUAAAACGUGGAAUCAGCAAAAGAGAGGCACUCGCAGAUUUGCCAAAGAAUGCGCUUUACGGAGGUGAAAGAGCUCUUUUGUAUGGCACCGCUGAGGAUAUGCUCGCAAAUUUCGGUUUAAAUGGAAAAGCCUGUCUAUUAAGGGCAAUCUGUGAAGUGCAGGGACAUCCCCUAAGCAAUUUCGGCUUAAUCGGGGAAAUGCUCAAACUCUUUUUCACUGCUAGCAAAUCACCAUUUUCGAAUCUUUUAAAAGAAUAUGUUGAAGCUGAAAAUAGAGGCAAGUUUCAUGGAGAGUGUUGGCCUUACUUCAAAGAUUGUCCGAAAUCGUUAUUCCGCUUAUCAGAGAAUAAAUAUACGAAAGAUGCCUUCCACGAAGAUGCUGCAACUGUCGAGUCGGAUGAGAUAGAAAAGAAAAAUCGAUACUUUCCUUCGAUCCAGUCAAUGGAUCGAGCAACAAAGAGAGAAAGUCAGUUUUCUCGAAAUUUGAAACGUACGAUACACCCGUUUAUGUAAAUAAAGUCACUCGAAGCUAAGUCUAGAUACAUGCAUAUAGUAUAUAUAUUCCCAAGUCGAAAAAAGGUAUGACACGAAUCAACUACUGUAUGUAUAUGUACUUAACUUACUUACGCGCAUCUUUCCUUUCCUUCGAAAUAUUUUUCUUUGCUAGGCUUGUCUUUAAAGCCAGAUCGAAGUCCAUUUUGACCAAUACCCACUUAUUACUCCUUGAAUUCCACUAUCGUAAACUGAAAAAAGCUGCGCUUUCUCGACUUGAUGGAAAAUCAAAUAUGUAAUUGCAUUUUACGCUUUAUCGGCCCCCCAUUGUGAGGCAUACGUCGCAUGCGUGCAUGGCGCGUGCACGAUCUUUCAUCGCCAUAUUAUAUUUAGUAAUUUAUUUGGUGUUCGUAUCGUCCUAGAUCAUAAUAAAAAUACAGUAGAAAAGUACCUUUCAGUCGUUUAAAAUUACACAACAAUUGCGAUUCCGAUCAUUUUUUAUUGUAUCGAUGUGCGUUCGAACGAAUACACGUAUGUAUGUAUGUAUGUAUAGUGUAUAUAUACUCUUAUUUCUCGUCAUCUUCUCUGUAUAAUGUUCCGUAUACAAUUUUCUUGUACGUGUAUAUACAUGUACGCGUAUUAAAAUUUCAACGUGUAAUCAACUACACAAAUUUAUCUAUCUAAAACACAAUUAGGCCAAUUCUAUAACAGCAUAUUGCAGUGAAUGAAAAUCUUCUUACUACUAUAUUUGUCGCUAGAUAUGUAUACCUUGUAAGAGUAAUUAACAGUUUUAAUAGUAUGCGCGACGAGCAAAACUAAAAUUGUUUCACAUAGUAUAAAUAUCUGUCAACUAGCAAUAGGUAAAACGAUAAGAAGAUUAAAACAAUGUAUAAUAAGAAAAUUAAAAAUUAGAAUAUUAUUAUUAAAAGAUAAAAAUAUAGAAAAUUGGAAAUAAAUAAACAUUGAAUCUCAACUAUUCAAAAUUAUACUCGACGUUAUGCGACAUGUGUGUAGUUUUCGCUAAAUUCUGGUACUGAUAAUACAUAUAUUGUAGAUAAGUUGUAUUUCCAAUAUCGAAUAUGUGAUAAAAGUUACGUACGUAGCAAUCAUACUUACACGGUAUUGCUUACCAAUUAUUUAUUACAUUACAUUUCCAUUUAUCGCCAUCUGUAAUAAAAUCUUGCGAAAUUUUGCUGUAUUUUACAAUAUUUUAUUACCUCGUAUGAAUUUGUCAUGGUUCUACUUAUCAAGUUGUGAUGUUUUGAAACACUCUGGAGGUACAUCAUAAAAAUAUAGCGUGUUUUGAUCUUGCUCUUUUUUCAUAUACCUUUUUAUUAACAUUUAUAGUGAAAGUGCAUUUAUAAUUGAAACUACUUAUUUACUUAAGUUGUACUUACCCUUACUACUUAUUUACGUAAUAUUUAUUUUUGUCCGGCUGUGUAAACUUAACCUCUAAAUUUUCAAUUAUAUUUUUAUUAUUACAUUAUUCUUAUAAGAUAGUAUGGCUUGUGAAGCUUGUAACGUGAAAUUCAGCUUCUUCACACGCAAG